AUGUUAGUUUUGGCUAUUGGUGAACAUACUCAAAGUGGAAUGUUUUAUGUCGUUGCUGUACCCAAAAGUUUAGCAUCGACUGCAAAACUAUCAUUAGAUUUUGCAUUUCGGAAAAUGAUGAAAGAUCAUUAUGUUUUUCGUCAUUUGAAUGCAUGUGAAAAAAUGGGUUAUGCAAAGACAAUAUGUUGUGAUAAAAAAGAAACAUUAACAACAAAUCGUAUGACUGUUGUACAAGCUUACGUUGGUGAAAAACAUUGGAAAAAUGUUGAAACUCCAGAUAGAGCAAAAGAAAUUAUCAUACCAGAUAAUAUAAAAGAAAUUAUAUGUGAAAGUGUAUCUGUUAAUAAUAGUUAUUCAUCAAAAUUAUUACCUCCACGAGAAUAUGAAACAUUACCAAAACAAGUUGGAAAUAAAACUGAAUGUAGUUUAUUAGGUUUUGUUAAUACUCUUGGUGAAAGUUAUGAUAAAAUACGUACAUGUCAUCCAGAAGAAAAAUUUGUUCAUGUUUAUAAAUUUAAUUCAGUACGAAAAAAUAUGUCAACAAUUAUUCAACGAUCUGAUUCAACUGUACCAAUAUUAAAUCGUUAUGGUAAUAUUGUACCAUGUUUAAAUGUUGAUUAUGAUCGUCUUGUACAAAAUGUUAUUGAACCAAUGGAAUGUGAUGGUUUACGUACAAUAUGUAUUGCAUAUAGAGAUUUUCCAUCAGAUAAUUUACCCGAUUGGAAUGAUGAUACUAGUGUUCUUGAUCAAUUAACAUGUAUUUGUGUAUGUGGUAUUAAAGAUCCUAAACGUCCUGAAGUACCUGAUACUAUAGCUAAAUGUCGAGAUGCCGGUAUAACAGUCCAAAUGUUUACAGGAGAUAAUGUUAAUACAGCUCGAUCUGUUGCACUUAAAUGUGAAAUUAUAUCACCUUAUGAUAAUAUUUUAAUAUUUGAAGGAAAAGAAUUUAACAGACGUAUAAGAUCAGAACCAGAUGGAGAGGUUGAACAAAAUUUAUUUGAUAAAGUUUGGCCACAUUUACGUGUAUUAGCUCGUUCAUCACCAAAAGAUAAAUAUACACUUGUCAGAGGUAUUGCUGCAUCAAAGAUCAAUCCAGCAGAUGAAGUGGUUGCUGUUAUCGGUGAUGAAACAAAUUAUGCUUCUGCUUUGCAAGAGGCUGAUGGCGGUUUUGCUAUGGGUAUGCAAGAUACCAAUGUAGCAAAAGAAGCAUCAGAUAUAAUUCUUGUUAAUGAUAAUUUUAAUUCGAUUGUCAAAACUGUUAUGUGGGGUCGUUAUAUUUAUGAUUCAAUAGCAAAAUCACUUCAAUUUCAAUUAACUGUUCAUAUUGUUGUUGUAUUUUUUGCUUUUAUUGGAGUAUGUAUUACAAAAGAAUCUCCAUUACGUAGUGUACAAAUCUUAUGGAUUUAUCUAAGUAUGAAUACAUUGGCAUCAUUAGUAUUUGCUAUUGACAUACCAACAGAUGAAAUAUUAAGACGUAAACCUUACGAAUGUACACGACCAUUAAUAUCUCGCACAAUGAUAAAAAAUAUUAUGAGUCAUGCUAUUUAUCAAUUAGCUGUUAUGCUUUUUAUUUUAUUUGACGGAUCUAAGGUAUUUAAUAUCGACAAUGAUCGUCCAGUUGAUAGUAUAUUUAAACCAUCUGAACAGUUUACAAUGAUAUUUAAUGUAUUUGUGUUAAUGACUUUAUUUAAUGAAAUAAAUUGUAGAAAAAUUUAUGUUAUAUGGAUUGUUACAUUUGUUGUACAAAUUAUUCUUGUUCAAUAUGGCUCAUUCGUAUUUUCUUGUGUUACAUUAACAUUUGAACAAUGGACGUGGUGUCUUCUUUUUGGUGUUGCAGUUCUUUUAUGGAAUCAAGUGCUUAAUUUGAUCCCAAUGACGCGUCAUACGUCGAAACUGGACGGGCAUGGUGUUCAUGAAGUAGUAUCACCUGUUGACCUAGAUCCAGAAGAACAGUCAAGACCAGAAGUAAAUCUAACAACGGAACAAAUGCUUUGGUUAAGAGGAUGA